CCCUUUCCCUGCCCACGGACGAGCCCGGAAGAGUUUGUUAGCGUAAGCGUUCACAACACUUGCAGACGAACUACCUCGGAAAAUCAACAAGUUAUAAGUAUGAACAUGUUUUUAAGAAAUAGCAGCUGGAGAUGUCAAAGGCUUUCCCUCUUGCAAGUAAGACAUUGCAGCUCGAUGAUCAAGAAAGCACGAGAUAGACUUGCAUCUUUGGGCGAAGGACAAGUAUCUUUACAUAAAGAUGAUGCUUCAGGUAUUGCUACAGUAACACUGCAACACCAGCAGAGAAAGAAUGCUCUCUCAGGUUCCAUGAUGGUGCAAUUAGCUGACAUUGUGGAAGAUUUGUCUUCAUGGGAAACAGGAAAAGGAGUGAUUCUUCAAGCUGAAGGAGAUUCCUUUUGCUCAGGAGGAGACUUAACCACAGUGAAGGCCAUAUCCAAUCCACAGGAUGGACUGUUAAUGUCAACUUUCAUGCAUGAUACUUUAACACGGUUUUAUAAUUUACCUUUCAUUACAACAUGUCUUGUCCAUGGCAAAGCUCUUGGAGGUGGUGCUGAGCUCACAACAGCAACAGACUUCAGAGUAUUUACAAAUACCGGAGAAGUAAGUUUCGUCCAGGGUCGUAUGGGGGUGGUGACUGGUUGGGGAGGUGGAACGAGGCUAGUGAAGCUUGUAGGCCCUACUAUUGCACUUGAUCUUCUAACAACCUGUAGUAAACUGAAUAGUGUUAAAGCCUCAGAAAUUGGUUUGGCAAAUCAUGUUGUUGGUGCUGAGAAAAGAUUCGAGGACACAAAGGCAUGGUUGACGGAAAGGGUUUCUCAUGCCCCAGAGGUCCUUCAGGCUAUGAAGAGGAUAGUUGCUGCAGCAAGGGAUUCCACAUUAAAUGAGAGCUUACUGAAUGAACGUCUGAAUUUCUCACCAUUGUGGGGUGGACCAGCAAAUUUAAGAGCCCUAGGUGGAAAUAUUAAGCAUAAAUAGAAGGAUUUAUACAUGUAGCCAUGAUAUUCUUAUGUAUAUAUUUUCUAAAUAAUUUAUUUUUAGUAUUGCAGAUGAUGUAGAGUAAAAUUAUUUUACAUAAGCAUUUUCCUUUAUCUUGCAAAAACAAAUCAUAUAAUUGAUACUUUUCUGUGUGUAUGAAUAAAUAUGGACAUUAUAUGAAAGUAAACUAUUUAAUGUAACUA